AUGGGCGGGGCCAAAGUAUGUCUUUUGUGACAGGAACCUUCUUGUCGCUGACUGUUGACCUCCGUGGUGAGUCCCUGUUGAGUCGUAAUUUAGUCGUUGAAAGUCCUUCGUCCGGUUCACCGAUACAUCGACGAAAAGGUGUGAAAACGGAGGAGCCUGACCUUCUCCAGUCGGGAGAUGUUUGCUACAGCCACCAGAAACUUUGUUGAGGAGGUGGACCCAGGAGGUUUGUUGAUCCCAGUGAGAAGCCUCAAUGACGCCAUCACUCUGCUAACUGUGGUGGUGAGACAGAAACGUUUCUGGUUCUGGCAGAAGCCCAAACAUCUCCCAACUGACUUUACCCUCAACGACAUCCUCACAGGUGACACUAUAACCCCAGGUGUAAUAGAAACAGACUUCAUCAAAUACAAUGGCACAUACGGUGACAACAUUCAAGGCACCAUGGAUGCCAAUUUCAUCCAUUCCAACGUAAACAUGGAAGGCAAAGAGUCUUCCAAACUCCAGUCGUCUUUCGGCAGUUUGAAGAAAGAUGAAGUGGAUGUCCGGAAGCUGCUCCAAGACUCCAAAAACAGGGUGCUGGACAUGUCCCACUGUCUGAUCCAGCAGACUCGGAAGAACCGCCAGGUGUUUGGCAUCGUGAAGGAGCGCAUUGUGACCUGCCAGCCUUGUUGUGUCAUCGAGGAGGUGCAGCAGACAGGACAGUGUGCAGGGACGCUCAGCCUCUGUGGACCCAAGAGUCCAAAGCUUUCACUGAAAGACAACGGCAGCCUCAGCAAAGACAGCAACGUUACCAUGGAGAUUCCCACUAACACCACCCUGGCCUAUGCCCUCAUUGAGCUGGAGGUCAAGCAUGAUGGUCGCUAUGAGCUGUGCUUGAUGUCAAACACCAAGGGGGGCUUCGAGGUGGACAGUCCGGCUGGACUACAGAGUGUCACCGAUUUAGCAUCUGUGCUGAAAAACCCUGAAAUCAGCCGACUGAGACAAGAAUUGGAUGGGCUGCAUGCUCAUUUCCAGCGACUUGCGACUCUUCCUUCCUCCAUCAAGUCCUCCCUGCUGCAGGUCAUCACGGCCGUUCUGGAGGACAGAACGGCUCUCGGCGCUCUUCAGAGCACGCUGGACCGCAUGCUCCUGGAUAAGAGCGCCGACGUCGCCGAUGUUCCGUUGGCACAUAAAGAAAACAUUCAGACUGUACUGGACGCCCUGGCGGAAUCGGAUAAAGGGUCAGAGGAGUCCACAACAGUCCUCAGUGCGGUUCACCUUGUUACCAGUGCUUUGGACGAGCUAACAACUGAUUGCCUUGCUGCACUGCGACUCUGCUGCAGUGCCGAUGUGUUAAAAAUCCUGGAUCUUCUGGUGAAAUCUAUAACAGCGAGCGAGGAGUCGCCAGCAAUUGGAACGGACACGGCUGCGCUGACGGAGGACAUCUUGUCCAGCAUCGAACAUCUGUUGGCGUCCUCUAAAGUGACCCUGAGGAACGACGGUGACGCAUUGAGGACGGAAAUAAACCAUAACCCGGGUAACCGUCCUCUUAUUAUGUGUAUCGCUCUGAGAGGCCUUUAUUCAUUGGCCCAUUGUCUUUGACUCCCAGAGUCUUUACUUUUAGAAGCUCAAACACUUCAUGUACUUUUUAUUGUGCUGGGAAAUCAUAUUUGCAAUGAAAAAACCCUAAUUUUGUGUUUUUUAGUAAUCUUCAAUAGAACAGGUAAGUUUCAGGAAAAUUUCAGUUCCAGCUUUUUUGCGAAAAGAUACAUUUCAAGCAUAGCUUUCACUUUAAGAGAAAUAUUUUUUGCUUUUGUGACAGCUCCAAUAUCGAUACAACUGUACCACAAUAUAAAUAACACACAAAGUGGUUGUUUUACAUAAGAAUUAUGUAUUUACAACUAUUAACGAUUUUCACAUUUGGGACUGGACUAUGUACAGUAAACCUCGGAUAUAUCGGAUUCAAUUGUUCCCACUGGUUUUGUCCGAUAUAAGCGAAAUCCGUUAUAUGCGUAUACCGGAAAAUGUCCGUUUUACGCAUAUAUCGGAUUUAUAUCCGGUAUAUGCGUAAAUCGGAUUUUAUCCGUUAUAAAAAGGCACUUCCUUGACUAUGUUUCCAAUGUACCUGGACGCGCAGGCAACGCUGCAAACGCUGCAAAUGACGUCGUAUAGCGGCCUGUCACGAUUCGGCGAAUCGGAGCGCCAUGAUGCGGCCAUCCGAUAUAUGCGAGGGAAAUUUAAUGGAAUUGCAUUGGAACGGGACUGGAGAUUUUGUCCGAAAUAGGCGAAAUCCGUUAUAAAAAAUCCGAUAUAUGCAAUGAAUUUUUAUUGGAAAUGCAUUACAGAAAAAUUGGUUCUAUUUUAUCUGUCCGUUGUGAGCGAAUUUCCGAUAUAUCCGAGUCCGAUAUAUCCGAGGUUUACUGUAAUACUAAGUGUAGUAUCAACAUUUGUCGAGUGGUUAGCGCGCAGACCUCAUAGCUAGGAGACCUGAGUUCAAUCCCACCCUCGGCCAGUUUCGGUUUGCAUGUUCUCGUGGGUUUUCUCCGGGUACUCCGGUUUCCUCCCACAUUCCAAAAACAUGCUAGGUUAAUUGGCGACUCCAAAUUGUCCAUAGGUAUGAAUGUGAGUGUGAAUGGUUGUUUGUCUAUAUGUUCUUUUUUAUCUGUCCGUUGUGAGUGAAUUUCCGAUAUAUCCGAGUCCGAUAUAUCCGAGGUUUACUGUACAUGCGUUAAACCUUCGCUACAAUGCGUAAACGCUACACUCACCCACGCUCGCUCACUUCCUCCCUCCUGUUGUGUGUGAUUUUUUUUCCGUCCACAUGAUAUCUUCUGGGCGGCACGGCGGUCUAGUGGUUACCGCGCAGACCUCACAGCCAGGAGACCAGGGUUCAAUUCCACCCUCGGCCAUCUCUGUGUGGAGUUUGCAUGUUCUCCCCGUGCAUGCGUGGGUUUUCUCCGGGUACUCCGGUUUCCUCCCACAUUCCAAAAACAUGGUAGGUUAAUUGGCGACUCCAAAUUGUCCAUAGGUAUGAAUGUGAGUGUGAAUGGUUGUUUGUCUAUAUGUGCCCUGUGAUUGGCUGGCGACCAGUCGAGGGUGUACCCCGCCUUUCGCCCAAAAGACAGCUGGGAUAGGCUCCAGCACCCCCCGCGACCCUCGGGAGGAAAAAGCGGUAGAAAAUGAAUGAAUGAAUGAAUAUCUUCUGCCACCUAGUGGUCGUUUUUAUGGCUUAAAAUUGCUCUGAGGUGAAAUACAUUAGUGAGGAGUUGCAUCAUCACCUCGUUUUGCCUUUUGAGCAAAAGUUUUAUAAAAAUGUACUGUAUGUCUUCGGUAUUGAACGAGUUAAAUGAUCUUUUUUACUACAGCACUGAGGCGUUUAUGUGUAAAUGCACUUUGUAAAAGCCUUUUCUACAUUCUAAAUUAAGCACAAUUUAUUUUUGCAUUGGGGGCUUAAAUCUUUGCCCGUUAUAUAGAAAUGUAAUGUUGCUUUUAUUGUAUUUCAUUAUGAAUCUUAUCUCUCGUCACUGAUUGGCUGAGAGAAAUCACAUGGAAGCCUCAUUUUGGAACACUAACAAGCAAAAGAAAUUGAACUGUCUCUCUCUACCCAUCUUUGUAUGUUAUGAAUUAUGGGAAAAUAUGAUUAAAAAAAAUACACGUUCCAUUUUAAAACAUUUGUCUCUUAAUUCCAAAUGUAUUUUUUUCCAUAUACAUGUAAAAACAGCACAGUUCAUUAGAAAGAAGAAAAAAAAUUGACAUCUGAAAAUACAGUUAUUUGAAAUAUAAGUCAAAUUCACUAAAUAUUUGAAUUAAAAGUUUUAAUCACAUCAAACGGGACGGUUCAUUGAGACGCAGCACCCUGUUUAAUCCAAAACAAUGGCGUGGAACGUUUUUUUAAGGUCUUAAAUGCAGCACUGCAUGGAAGGCUGUACACACACAGGAUCUGAUGGAGAACAAUGAAAACGGUAGUUUCACUUCUUGUUCCCCCACUAUGGCCACCAACCCACUGACACUUGGCAAAAUGAGACGAGAACGAGUGUAAACACACACAGAGUGAGGUAAUGAGCAAGCCCUCAUUAGCAGAAUAAAUACACAACCUAACUUGCAUACGAAUGUAAUAUUAAAUAACAGGAUAUGGCAGCAAUAGUUUAUAGUAGUUGUUUUUUUUUUUUUAUUAAAACAUCCUGACACUAAAAUGCAUGUGGUGACUAGAUUAAAACAGUUCUGCCAAUAAAUAAGUACACUUCCUGUUUGUGCUGGCUUGCAUAGUGUGUGCGAUGCAGUUUUGAGCCCCCCCCCCGGGUGUCCCAUCUUUCUUCUUCUUCUGUUUACUUCACUGGCAUAGCAGCUCGGGACAGUCCGAUCCGUUAUCAGUAGACCCAGCUGACCGGCACCCACUGGGGCUCCACGAAUAGUCUCUCUACUGCCUCCUGGAGUUGAUCGAAGGCCUUGUCCAGGUUGUUGUUGACUAUGGUCAGGUCGAAGAAGUGGCUGUAGGCGCGGCGGAUCUUGGCGCUCUCCUCCACCGUUUUCUUUAAGUCGUUUUCCUGUUGAGAGUUGAUCAAAUCAUAAGUCUCAGGUCAGUCGAGUGUUUUUUGUUCGAUGUUAUGAACUUACAGUUAGUAGUUUGGUUGUUAGCCCGGCAUCUACGACAGCUUUGUGCAUGUCUCGUAAGGUAUCCAGCUCUGGAGCCGCGAUGAACACCACGAAAGGCAUGAACUCGGAAGUCUUCAGCACUUUCAGAGCCUUAAAAAAAAAAAAAAAAAACACACAGCAGUGUCAAAAAAACGUCCGGUUACUCCCACAGCAAGCGGUAUUGUCACCUGUGGGUUGACAUCCAGGAUGCACGUGCGGCCCGCCCCCACCACUUCGUGGAUGGAGUCGAUCUUGGUGCCGUAAAGGUUGCCGUCGUAUUCUCCGUGCUCAAGGUAACGGCUAUCUUUGAUGUCCUGCUCCAUCUGCUGACGCGUCACAAAACAGUAGUUCUGGCCGUCUCUUUCUUCUUCUCUUGGGCUGCGGGACGUGACUGGAAUAGAACGGCAUUGAAUAUGCUGUACUAAUACUCAACUGCAGAGAGUCAUCUGUUUAAACAACUGUUUAGUAGCUAAGAAAUAGGAUAUAUUUUGUACUGCCAUCUUCAGCUACUUCACCGAUACUACAAACAUGAUUAAAUAUAUGUAAGAUAAGAUAUUUGUACACACAGUCAAUGUGUAUUUUUUGAAAAAGUGUCUGUAAUAGACAAAAAAUAUGUUGUACAAUGUGUAUUUGAAGUGUUUCCAAACAGAGUGGUGAACAAAGACAAAAUAAGAAGCCAAAACCUUACCACUUCCACACUGACUGGGAGAACUACAGUAUGUAUCGGACACGCCAUGGCAAACUACACUAUUAUUACACUACUUACAAACUACACUACUACUAUUUGUACACACAGUCAAUGGAUAUUUUUUGAAAAAGUGGCUGUAAUAUACAAAAAAUAUGUUGUACAAUGUGUAUUUGAAGUGUUUCCAAACAGAGUGGUGAACAAGGACAAAAUAAGACGCCAAAACCUUACCACUUCCACACUGACUGGGAGGAGAACUACAGUAUGUAUCGGACACGCUAUGGCAAACUACACUAUUAUUACACUACUACUAUUUGUACACACAGUCAAUGCAUAUUUUUUGAAAAAGUGUCUGUAAUAGACAAAAAAUAUGUUGUACAAUGUGUAUUUGAAGUGUUUCCAAACAGAGUGGUGAACAAGGACAAAAUAAGACGCCAAAACCUUACCACUUCCACACUGACUGGGAGGAGAACUACAGUAUGUAUCGGACACGCCACGGCAAACUACACGCAACGUGAAGGGUACAGUGGUUCCAUAUCUCAGAGGAUUCAAGACGACGAGUCUGUUCUUUAGGCUCCGCCUCCCAACACCCUGCGCGCCAAUCAGAACCAGCGUUUUCCUCUGGAAGGGAGGCAUCUUGGCCACUUCCUCGUAGAUCUGCAGCUCAUAGCGGUCAAAUUCUGCAGGAUAAGCAUGGAUCUUAUCGUACUUUGUGUACGUGAAGAGUGGAAACCAGUCAAAG